ACGGUCGGGGUUGGGGGGGGCGGAGAAAUGGCCCAUAGCAACAAACCUCAGAACAUUCAGUUCUUAGCGGCAGUCACUUGGCGAUCUGCUGGACCUACAGUCACUGUACAGUAAGAAUACUUCUCAUAUGUGAAGCGUUGGGGUUUUGUUUUUAUAUACGGCAAAAAAAAAAACCCAACAACCUCGCAUUUAUUUAUUUAUUUAUUUAUUUUUUUGGAUGAUUCGGUAGUAGGGAGGUUCCUGAGGAGAUUCCCGGAUAUCUUUGGAGUGACAUGAGCCGUCUCUGUUCGCUGCUACAAGUCUGAGGACUAUAUAUAUAUAUAUACAUAUAUUUUUUAGACGUUAGCUAACCGAUCACAAGGUUAGCACUUUAUUACACGUUCAGUUUGGACUUACGAGGCUGUUUAAGACGAAAAUGGGAUCAACAAAACCAGCUGGUGUGAUAGCGUACAUCUGCUCUUCUGGCUCCAGCCCCAAAUCCUGCUUGAGUGACAGCUCCAGUGUCCACUCACAGUCCACAUCCCCACCCCCUUCAACAGCACAGGGCCUGAAGAUGGAAAUGCAGAGUGCCAGACCUCUCACCAUCCCUAAACCCACCAACUCUCGCAUGCCUGCACUGGAGAAGAAUGCAGCCAAGAGCAGCAUCACAAAGCUGAACGGCAUGGUGCUGCUGUGUAAAGUGUGUGGCGACGUGGCUUCAGGAUUCCAUUACGGCGUCCAUGCUUGUGAAGGUUGCAAGGGCUUUUUCCGGAGAAGCAUCCAGCAGAAUAUCCAGUAUAAAAAGUGCAUGAAGUCAGAGAACUGCACCAUCAUGCGCAUAAACCGAAACCGCUGCCAGCAGUGCCGAUUCAAGAAGUGCCUCGCAGUGGGGAUGUCACGGGACGCCGUACGGUUUGGACGUAUCCCGAAGCGGGAGAAGCAGCGCAUGCUUCUGGAAAUGCAGAACGCCAUGAACAGCGUGAUGACCGGUGCCCAGCUGCACCAAGUGCUCAGAGACUCCAGCUCCUGCUCUCCGUCGUCGUCCUCUUCCUCUCCCUCGCCUCCGUCCUCACCGCAGUGCUCUCAGGACUCCGAGUCAUCAGUGCCGAUGGACACUAUGAGCUUGGCCUCGUCCUGUUCCUCAGACAGCGGCGAGGAGGAUUCGGUGACUCGGCCUGAUGGAUUUCAUCUCGCGCAAUCAGGGGGAGCUCUUUCACUGGGCCUUUCAGAACGGCUGAGCAACAGCAACAUGACAAAUAUCCACAGCUCUCCUUGUGAAAGCCGGCAGCAAAUCACCAUCAGGUACCACAGCAGUGCGAAGCCUGAUAACGCCUCAUACUGCCACUACAGCAGACCCAAUCUGAACGAGCUCGCUGGGAUGUCGGCCAACCGGAGGCAUCUGGUGUGUCCCAUGAACACCUCACCCAUAGUGGACCCGUCCAAGUCCAGCCAUGAGAUAUGGGAGGAGUUCUCCAUGAGCUUCACGCCUGCCGUGCGAGAGGUGGUGGAGUUUGCCAGGCAGAUUCCCGGCUUUCGCGAGCUCUCGCAGCAUGACCAGGUCAGCCUGCUCAAGGCUGGAACAUUCGAGGUGCUGAUGGUGCGCUUCUCCUCGCUGUUUGACGUGAAGCAGCGCACGGUGAGCUUCCUGAGUGGCCGGAGCUACAGCGUGGAGGCUCUGCGCUCCAUGGGAGCUGGAGAACUGCUCUCGUCUAUGUUCGACUUCAGCGAGAAGCUCAUGGCGCUGCAGCUCAGCCCAGAGGAGAUAAGCCUCUUCACCGCUCUCGUGCUCGUCUCUGCUGACCGCACUGGGAUCGAGGACAUGAGCUCGGUUGAGGCUCUGCAGGAGAACCUGAUCAGAGCUCUGAGGAACCUGAUCAUGAAGAAUCACUCGAACGAGGCAGCCAUCUUCACCAAGCUGCUGUUGAAGCUACCAGAGCUUCGUUCCCUCAAUAACAUGCACUCGGAGGAACUGCUUUCCUUCAAGGUCCACCCUUAAAACGGACCUGCUCUCCUCUCUCGGACCAAACCGGGCUGUACAUUUCCCUCCUGAAUGUAUUUAACGCAGAAGAUUUAUUAUUAUUAUUAUUAUUAUUAUUAUUAUUAUUAUUAUUAUUAUUAUUAUUACGUCGAAAAGGGUUUAGGAGAUUUAGAAGUCCAGAAAAGCGAUGUACUUAUUUUUUUUUUCUUCUGUCCCAUUGUUUCUCACACUCUCACACACACAGUCUAAGUAUAAGAUAAAUGGGUUGCCAGAUUGGGGGUGACUUUUUAAUUCAGUCACAGUUGAGACACUUUCUAAAGUCACCUUCUUGCUUCAUGCACUUACACAUAAUGUUAGCUAGGAUCAUUUUCUUGGUUAUUUAACUGCUCGGAUAAAAUUAGAUAAAAUGUCUAAUAGCUUUUAUCCCAGAGAGAUUAUUUAUUAAGUCUUUAGAUAUUUGCCGUUUGACCUCCUCGAGCAACGACCAGCCUCUCGUUGUCUCGUUAUACGACUGUUCCUUAUAAUUCCUUAUUCUGAUUGGUCAGAAGGUCAUUCAUUUAUUUUUUUUUAUAAAAGCAGAUCUUUAGCUCCAGCUGUAAUCAAUAUAGAUGAUUUAAAUGAAUGCACUUGUUUUAAUAUCGUUUCUGUAUCUAAACAGAGGCCAGUGAGGGAAUGAGCGUUUAUCGCCGCUAUAAUAUAACUCAUAACAGGAUACUACUUGUUUCACAGCUUUAAAUGUAACUAUAAACAGAUAAAAAAUUGCCGUUCCUUAAUAAAAAACGAUCUAUUCAUUGGCUGAGAUGAAAACCGUGCAAAAUAUUUAACUUUAGAGUGAGAACAGUAAUCUAGUGUUGAUUAUUUUCCUACAAAACUCAAGUCCAGCAAGGACAGAAAAAAAAAAAAAAAAAACAA